CCACAAAGCUUUAUGAUAGCAGUCAGUCUUUAAAAAUGGUUGUAUUGGAAGUGUAUACAAAAUGUAUUAAAGUUAAAUACAAAGCCUUUCUACUGUCAAAAGCUACACUUGUAGCUUUAAUUUCCGGUUUAGUGUCUGUUAUUUUGCCGUUUGUGUUGUGCUAUGAAACUGGAGGUUUUUGGCAAAAACGUGACGUCGUUUACGUGCAACCCGAUGUCAAAUUUGGUGGCGAUUUCUUGUUUCUGGCAACCUCAAGCGAAAAUCCACAAGUGAUAAGUUGCAGCUCGUUUGCAUAUUAUAAGAAAUAUAUGAAGAAUUUUGAUACUUGUUCUACUAUUAAGGUUCGAGAAUUAGACGACAAUUACGAUGGAAAAGCUGAUUCUCUUCACGUUGCAAUUACCGCUGGUCUUCCAGAGCAUUUCAAAAUAAGCUCGAUCCAUUUGGUUCUUCCAAUAAACUAUACCCUAGGGUUGCCAUGUACCUUUCAUACACAAAGUGCCAUCAUAUACCAAAACUUUGUUACUAGUAGUCUUACUCAAAUUUCUGUCUAUGCAGACUUGGGUUUGAAACAAUCAGAAGCAAUAAGAUGUUCUAAAUAUGACUUGGCAAUGAACCCAGACUAUUUACUUAUCAAUAAGGAAGAUAUUCAAAGUGUAAAAUUUGAAAAUAUUAUAGCAAGAUAUGCAGAGAGCAAAUUAAAAACCACUUUGGACAACAUAUUAACAACAACAAAUCCCAUCAUGGACGGUACUUUCACAAUCAACCUUAUCCUAAAAUACCCAGAACAAAAAAUUUACUUCAAACCAAGAUUCUGGCAAAUAAUAAAGUUAGCAUGGAUGCAAUACAUUGCCGUUUACAUAAUAAUAUCCUGGAUCAUACUUCAAAUAAAAACUUAUAUUUUCAAAAACAAUUUAGUAUCGAUGUAUGAGGAUAAAACAAACAUAAAUAAAAAAUACAAUUUACAAUAAAAGUCGAGCUUUAUUUAAAAUUUCAUGUCCAGGUCGUGCAGAUUUGACUCAGGGCCAAGUUUGUUGCGGUUGUCUUCUACAAUUAUCACACUUUUGAACAUGUCAUCCACUUCCACGAAUAAGUAGCGGUAUUCAUACUUUCCUUUGUCA